AUGGCACCAGCUGGAGAUCUCGGCAGGAGGCUCAUCCCUCGUAUCCUAGAUGACAUGUCUAGAGAUGAACCGGAUCGAGUUAUCUACUCCAUUGCCAAGUCGGCCGAUAUUUCUAAGGGCUUCACUGAGAUUACGGCUCGCGAGUUUGCCAACGCCGUGAACAAGACCGCCUGGUGGUUGGAAGGCCUUGUUGGCAAGAGCGAAUCCUUCCAGACGAUUGGUUAUAUCGGGCCACCCUGCGUUAAAGCGGGAUACCAAGUCAUCUUUUUGUCGCCAGGUAACAGCAUUGAAGCUGCUUUGGGACUUCUCAAGGCGACGGAAUGUAGCCUUUGGGUCCAUCCCGUCGACUACCCGCCGUAUCCUUUGGUCGAGAAGAUCCAGCAGACACAUGAGCUGCGUAUUCUAAAGAUCCCCACGGUCGUAGAACUCCUCGAUGCGUCCAGCUCACCUCACUAUCCUUAUACCAAGACCUACGACGAAGCUAUGGGUGACACCUUCUGCAUUCUCCAUACGUCUGGUACAACAGGCCUACCCAAGCCCAUCUAUCUCAGCAACGGGUUGCUAGCCACCAUGGACGCCGCGCGCAUUCUGCCGCCGUUCGAGGGCGACAACGGCGCUCGUCCUUGGGCAACGCUGUAUGAAAAGGGCGAUAGACUCUAUUCCCCUUGCGUACUUCUUCAUGGCCCCGGUAUCUUUAUGAACCUCUUUGCGACGUUCCUGUUCGAUACGCAUAGCGUCAUGGGCCCUGUUGGCGUGCAUCCUGACAUGAAUAUGCUGGCAUCACUUGCAGAUCACGGCAAUAUUGAUAUUUGGCACUUCAUGCCUGUAUACGUCAACGAGCUGGGCCAGCAUCCUGAAGUAUUGGAGAAGUUCAGAUCGUCCAAAUUCAUUGGAGCUGGCGGAGGGCCGGUUAGCGCAGAGCUUGCUGCCAAGGUGAAUGAAGUAGUACGUGUUCACAAUCUAUUUGGCACCACUGAAGGACUCUUCAUGGGUGAUAUGCUCGUGGACAAAGAAGACUUCCUCUGGGUUUCGUUUCACCCGUAUGCUGGGUUUGAGUACACGGAAAUCGAGAGGGGUCUCUUUGAGCAGCGCGCUGUCAAGAAUGAACACUGGGCUUUACACCAAGGAAUCUUUCAUACCUUUCCCGACAUCAAUGAAUUCAAUUUCAAGGAUUUGUUCAUCAAACACCCUAAAAAGCCUAACCUCUGGCUCUACAUGGGUAGAAGCAACGACAUCAUCUGCUUGGAAGAUGCACAGAAGCUGUCCCCCAUCGAGACGGAGAACAUGAUCUGUGCUCAUCCUAGUGUCAAAGGAUGUGUAAUGAUUGGAAACGGACAGAAGUUUGCUUGUUUAAUGGUAGAACUGAAAGACGAUGUUCUAAGAGACCUGGGGACCAUUGAAGGGCUGAGGAAAGGCCUUGGGGAUAUUAUUGACCAAGCAGAUCAGAAUCAGCUGUUGAGGGGGUAUUUGAGGAGAGACUACAUCAUCAUGGCAGAUCCCAAACGACCUCUUCCGCGUACUGAGAAGGGAACCAUCUCGCGUAGAGCUGCGCUCAAGCUUUAUGAAGAGGAAAUUGAUGCGUUUUAUCGGCUCAAGGGGGAGGCAACUGUAGGUGUUGGUCAACGUACAGCUGAAAGGGCAUAG